CGACACAACCCAACCACGGUCCUUUCUAUCUGUUGGAAAACAACAACUAUGGCAGGCGGGGUUGAAUCCCAAGUUCACUCCGUCCCAGAACAAUGGUGGGAGAAGGCUGCAUCCUGCUUUGUUCUCAAAAGUGGUCACUCAUAUUACUUGGGUUUGGGCAAAGCAGUUCAUGGUGUACACAUUCUCUCACUUUGCACAACAAUACUCACCAACGGAAUCUUCGGCAGCUUGUUACGGGUGUAGAGUAUCAAACCCCCCUAACAGGGGAUCUUGCUGUGGGCAGUCCAAGGCUAUCCUCAUCGCGGUGUUAGUGGUUUGCAUCUGUUCACAUUGCUUCGGAUGACCUGAUUUCAGUUUCUCCAAGCCACGUUGUCAGCACUUUUGUUGACCAGGGCUACGAGGAUGCAACUCUUCACUCGUUUUUCGUAUCAAAAGCU